GGUCUCGCUCUUGCUCAGGCUGGUUUUCGAACUCCUGACCUGAGCAAUCCACCCGCCUCGGCCCUUGGUGUUUAGCUCAAAGGGUUGCUGUGAAGGUCAAUGGAGGUAAACUUGCCCAGGUUACACAAUACGUGGUACGCUCAAUAAAUGUUAGCUGAUAUAAUAUGCCUGGGGCAUUAAUGACUGUAUCAAACAUAAUUACAAUAAGGCAAGUUUUAUCCUCUUUUCACCAAAGAUAAAAUGAACCCCAGAUGUUAACUUUCCUGUGCAAGCAGCACAGUUGGGAUUUGAACCUCCAGCACGCAGACCGCUUGAACUCACUGAAGAGUCGAUUGCAAGUUCCAGUCUCUGAGCCUUCGUUUCCUCCUCUGUGAAAUGAUGAUAAUCAUUUCUGUCUAACAGGAUUCAUCCGUUCAUUCACUGGACAAGGUAAAUCUCUGGGUGAUGAAGAAAACUUGAAACUGUUUGGGAAAUGCAACAAUCCAAAUGGCCAUGGGCACAAUUAUAAAGGUGAGAGCCUCAAAAAGCAGCUACAUAAUAAGCAUGUGGCAUCAUGGUGUAAAAAAGAUCAGACAAGGUGUCAGAAGAUUAGGAUUUCUAGUUUAGUUACUGCCUCUUACUUGAUGUUUGAUACCUCAAUCACAGUGUACUCACUUAUCAUGUAAUACCUAAUGAUAUUUGGAACUAAAAAAUAUGUACAUUUAUAAAAGUUAUUUGUGAAGCACUGAUCAUCAAGGUUUUUCAAGUGCUUCAUAUAAGCGUUUGUUAAUUUGCAAAGCAUUACUGUAAGCUGUAUAUACACUCAUGUGAGUAAAGGUAUAAGAGUUUAAGGCCCAGUGGCAGUUUUGCUUGCCCAGAAGGGCACUGCCCAAUAUUGGACUAGCUUGGUGUGCAGCUUGACAUCUGCAUGUGCAUUUUCUACUUUUAUACAGAUUGAACAGCAUCUUGAUCCUCCCUAGCAUAAGCAGAAUUGAUACUCCUUUUGUCCUUGGCUAAGUUCCUCUGCUUAGCCAAAGCUCCUACUAUGCUCCUUUGUCUUGGUUAAGUCUUGCUUUUGUUGACAAAGAUCUUAGCUAAAAGAAUGUGUUUUGGGGAAAACAUACACAUAGCUUUGGGAGAUAGAGAGCUAAUAAUUUAUGUUGCUAACUUGUCCUUGGAUGUUAAUCUGUUGAAUGUCAUGCUGUUUCUUUGGUGUUUUGUUUUCUUUCCCAUAGUUGUGGUGACAGUGCUUGGAGAGAUUGAUCCUGUUACAGGAAUGAUUAUGAAUUUGACCGACCUCAAAAAAUAUAUGGAGGAGGCAAUUAUGAAGCCCCUUGAUCAUAAGAAUCUGGAUUUGGAUGUGCCAUACUUUGCAGAUGUUGUAAGCACAACUGAAAAUGUAGCUGUAUAUAUCUGGGAAAACCUCCAGAAAGUUCUUCCUAUGGGAGUUCUUUAUAAAGUAAAAGUGUACGAAACUGACAAUAAUAUAGUAGUUUAUAAAGGAGAAUAGCUCUUAGGGAUUAACAUUGUAGAAAGACUAAUUUCUUUCCAUAUUUGAAAAAGAUCUUUAUUCCUUUGGAAUAUUAAGCAGUUACCACAUGAUUGUUGCUCCUCCACAUUGUGUUCUGGAGUGCCUGAUUUAUUGAAAUCAUUGUAAGACCUGUUAAAUCUUAUAAACAAAACUCGUAAUAUAUCUUGCAUGUCAUUUAGAAAGUCUCUUAUCUCUAGAUUAAAAGUCACUUUGUUUUUGUGAAAUAUUUUGAUGUAGAAUUACUUGAAAGCAAAAUAA